AUGGAUGUGGAGAAGGUCAACGCCAUGGACUUCGGAGACUUUGUGGCAGUGUUUGGCAACGUGAUCGAGAGGUGUCCCCUCAUUGCCGCAGCCGUGUGGUCUCAACGCCCCUUCUCGGAUGUCGAUGACUUGGACAAGCGUUUUUGUGCCUUUAUUGACGCCCUUCCACAGUCAGGCCAAGAGGGCGUCCUGCGCUGCCACCCGGACCUGGCGGGCCGCGAGCUGCAGCAGGGCACGCUCACGGCCGAGUCGCAGCGCGAGCAGAGCGCCGCGGGCCUGCAGAGCCUGAGCGCGGACGAGCGACGCCGGCUGGCCCAGCUCAACGCGCAGUACCGCGCGCGCUUCGGUUUCCCCUUUGUGCUGGCCGCGCGCCUCCGCGACCCGGCGGCCGUGGCCAGCGAGCUGGAACGCAGGCUGCAUUCCCCGCCGGCGCAGGAGUUGCGCACCGCCCUGGGCGAGGUGAAGACCAUCGGUCGCCUGCGCCUCGCCGACCUGCUCCGCGCGGACCCCGCCCGGCUGUAA